AUGAUAGAUGAAAUUGUAGAUCGUAUUGUUCAGUUCUUUUCUACUGGUUUGGUGGAGAAAAUCAUUAAAGCUUUCCUAGUCCUAUGCGAUCGGUUCGUGAACUUUAUUCUGUCCCUGUGUGAGGGAAACAAUUACAAGAAGAAGGACGAAACGGUUGAUGUGCUGUACACCAGUGGCAACUUUUUGGUGAUUAACAAAAAACAUGAUUUACUGAUCAAUUCAAAUGACACUAAAAAGAAAACUGUCCAAACGAUCAUGCGGAAACAGUUCCCCGAGUACGUACAGGAUAACUUAACACACGAUUUCUACUUCGCUCAUCGGUUGGACUUUGCCACCAGUGGAAUACUGUGCAUUCCGCUGAACAAAAACGCAUGCAAAGAGGUUUGUCAAGUAUUCGAGGAGCAACGUGCCAGAAAGUACUAUCUAGCUUUACUCCGCGGGCAUACCGAUUUUGACGAAGAAGUGAUUGAUAUAGCGAUAGGCGAGGAUGUGCGGUUCAAGGAUACAAGCAAAAAAAUGUGCACCAUCCUCGAGGAUGAACUAUGCCAAAAUCCGCGUCGCAGUAUAACGAAGGUGCUGGUGCUAGAUAGAGGCUACUACAAUGGAAAGCCCGUUACCAAAGUGCUUUUACGGCCAAUCACCGGUCGACGGCAUCAGUUGCGACUGCACUGCUCGCAGAUCGGUCACGUGAUCGUGGGAGACUACACGUACAGUCUGAAAAUCGACACAUCACCGCCACGGAUGUUUCUGCAUGCGUUUCGGCUCGUACUGCCGAACACGAUCGAAAACCUUGACAUCCAGACGGACGACCCGUUCACGGAGAAGGCGCUCAAGUACAAGUGGAAGGUAGUUGAGCAGGUGAAUAGCAUUGCGAACGCGUUUGACAUCAUUGACUCAUUUUAA